AUGACCUGGGUUUUAGCUCUUCCACCUGAAGGUUGUCAGCAGCAGGAUGUGCCUCCUAUCGAGCACCGCGAUCCCGUCCUUUUCAGCUACCCGUUAUAUGUGGACACCGAGUGCUUUGAGUCUUUGCUGGCCUACGACAAGGCGGUCGAAGACGGUCAACAUGAGGAUGACGCGUCUGACCUUGUCUUCGUGAAGGCAGUCAACGCCGAGCAGCCGUGGACUAGAAACGAUAGCGAAGAUGAGGAAGAAGAUAUGGACGAAGAAGAAAAUAACGACCAGCACGGCGGUAACAACGAUGUGCAAAAGGAUAAUCAGCAUGACCCGGAAUACUACUGGAUGCUCGUAACAUGCACUUACCUGGGCGGUUACUGGGAGCAGAUGGGGCUUGGUUGCCAGUGGCACAGGCAGUUCUCGUCAUGCAGGUACCCACAAAAGCAACGCUGGGAGCCUUCGUAG